GAAGACCCAAGCGCUCACGAGUCCAGUGACACCGCCGCCUACGACAAGAAUAUGUGGUGAUUUCGCGGUUGGCUCUCUCAGACGCUGGCCUAGUGGCGACAGGUCUCUCCAGAGAGUAAGAGGCAUAUUGAACAAAGUAUUUAUUGGACGAGACUGUCUUCAAGGUUGGCGUGCUCAACGAAAAGGGAACCGGGCUGCUUCUCUGGUCUCGGAAAAUGGUUCCAGCAAGCGGAUGUGGUCGUUGCCGCUUCCUUUUAUACCCUUACGUGGGCAUGCUGACUCGUCUUGGGACCUACGCGAUGCUGCUCGCGACGAGGCUACAGUAUACUGCUGAUCUAAUCACAGCAUAUAUCACAUUUCAUAUUGUCCUGCAUGCUCUGGCAAAACACACUGUCUGCAGUCUACUGUCCUUUCAAGUAAAGGUACUCACAAGGAUUGGGUACUCAGCCCACCGCUACCAAAGUCGAGAAGUUAUACCUAGUCAAGUCGUACCACUACAGUCCCAGGUACUGGGUUUCUCACCGAACGGUGGUCGUAUACUUAUGGAAGAGCCUCAAAAGGCAGGACAGCCAUGGGCGGAGGAUUCCCGACAAUCCGCGGACCCUGCCCAGUGACACCGUUCCCUGCAUAUACUUUGACCGCAGAAACCCUCCCUUCUAGUCGAGUUUCAAUUGGAAGUUCCCAACGUGGUACUGUCACAACCAAGA